CGACGACGCGCUCGGGCUCCUCGAGCGACGGGCGCGCGCAGCCGGUCGCCAGCUCCCCGGGCCCCCGAACCGAGACAAAAAAGGAGAGAGCGAGUCAGUGUCCACAAUGUCUUCGCCUACUGACGAGAAAGUAGAGACUAGAGCUGGACACCCUCCUGCGGUAAAAGCUGGUGGAAUGAGAAUUGUGCAGAAACACCCUCAUAGUGGAGAUGCCAAAGAAGAGAGAGAUAAGGAUGAUCAAGAAUGGGAAAGCACCAGCCCACCUAAACCAACUGUGUACAUCUCUGGUGUUAUUGCAAGGGGUGACAAAGAUUUCCCCCCUGCUGCAGCUCAGGUGGCUCACCAGAAACCACACCCCUCUGUGGAAAAGCAUCCCUCUCACCGAACAACACAGCACAUCCAGCAGCCCCGCAAGUGAAGGUCCUGCUGCCACUCCAUCACUGUGGUUCUUGGAGAAGAGCACGUACUUUCCUCUUAGGUUUGACAUUUAUAGAGCAACAAGAAUUGGUCCAGCUUUUUUUUUUCUCUCUCUAGCUCUGUAGAAAAAUUUAAGACAAAGCAAAUCAGUAGCUUCCUUUGCCUUACAUUUCUUUGUUUACUGCCUGCAAAUAGAUCAGAUACCCAUGUAUCUUGUUCACCUAAAUGCAAACAACACUUGAGUCUCAUUCCCUCCCCCCCCAUCUAGAAUCUUUAUUCAAUUUAGCCUCAUCUGCAGUUUUGCUUAGGAAGUACAGUGAUGUUUUUUAAAAAUUGAGUUUGAGUAGUUCUAAAGUUGCCUUUGACUUCUACCAUGAAGUGAAGUGUGAUAUUUAAAAACAAUUGUAAACCAAUUUAGGGAAAAGUGACGUAAAGGUUAGGGAAAAAAUGGGUCAUUUUGUAAUCUUAUUUUUAUCAGACACUAGAGUCUUCCCAUAUAGUCCAGAGCAAAAUGGGGAAGUCAGUUAAAGUUUCAUACUGUUUUUUCAAUGCAUAACCUGAACAGUUAUAUCCUUUAAGAGUCUUGUUGCUGGAGAAUGAGAAUCCAAGAAGUCUUACUCAAAAUGAAGCAUUUUGCUUUGAGUCACAGGACUGGGGAGUUUGUUGUAUCCCAGAAAGUCCUGGCUUGAGAAAUAGGUAAACUUAUGCAUCUCUGUAAUCAUCUUGGUAGCUUGGAUAUGAGGGGGACUCUUAGGACUCUACCCACAUUGUGGUGGGGGGUGGGAGGAGAGAUAUAUGGAUAAUGUUUAGAAAAGUUUAAUAAGAUGAUUUAAAGCAGGGGGAAUAAUAGGUAAAAACCCACCAAGUUCAAAGAGAUCCAGUUUUCUUCCAAAGGGAGAUUAAUCCCAUUGUCAAGAAAAGAUAAAUACAUUCCUCUUUAUUUGGAGCAAUUGUUUGCGGACCUCACAACUGUGGUCAGACUUUCCUUUGCCCUAAUUACAUAAUUAAUUACUCCUACUAAUGUUUAAGUGUUUGAUGUCAUUCUGAGUUAUUUUGUAUGUGAUUCUUGCCAGUUGAUAUUUAUAAGACUGCUGCUGGAAUGAUUACUAUACUAUUUCCCUAUUGGAAAAUAAACUCAUUCCAGUUAUUUGCGUGUGAAAAAAAGGUCUCUCAAACAAUACAAUUUUAUGGAGAAAGCAUUGCCUUGUUAGGAUACUAGCAGUCUGUUUUGAAGCUAUUUGUUGCUGCAGGUCAGCAAUGGUACUAUGAAUGGCCGCCUGCCUACAACACCAAUCAUCCUCAGAUAAAAUAAUGAACUCCACAUCCAUCAGUUGGUAGAAAUACUUGUAACUCUCCCUUGAUCAAUGUCUCUUAACCCUCCUCUCAAAAAAGAAUGUUCACAGUUCACUUCGUUUCAUGUUUUGAAGAAAACUUAGGGUUUUCUUAGCUCCAGAUUAACAGCAGGCCAGUUUCCUAUGGCAGUGACAUUCUGUCAUCUGUGUUGUUUCAUAAUGGCAGAAGUAUUAAUGUGAACAUUUUCUGCCUCCGUAAGGCACUGUAUUUUGUCAUUACUUCACAGUCAGAACACAUACCCAGAGGCUUGCUGGUUGAUAUUCCUAUGGAAAAUGUACCUAAAGACUUGGCAUCUCCUCAGAGCUCUGUUCAGAAAUAAACAUUAUUAAGGGGAGAGCUUUAUAACACUUGGGAAAACAAUUGGAAGUAGAUUCAAUCUAGUACAAUCUAUGUAUCACACCCUCUGCUAUAAGAGGAAGCUUCUCCCACCCCUCCUUCAAAUCUCCACUGAGAGCUGGAAAUGGUAGCCUAUUAUGUUUCCAAAAAUUUCAUUUUACAUGUAUCUUAGAUGUAGUGUGUAUCCUCAUGUUCCAUAUCACUGAAAAGAAACAAUUAUAUCAAGUGUUUCCUUUUAUAGUUAAUCAUUUGUGUUUUUCAAUAAUAAAAAUUGUGCCUGCCCUUCUC